UAAGCAAAGAUAAGAGACGCUGCUACAAUACCUGUUUGCUUCUCAUAUAUACAACGUUCUGCGGUCGAUUCUCGAACAGCAAAUAUUGAUUACUAAAUUGUUAGAUUCCGAAACGUCACACGUCUCGUACCUCUUCGAUUUCGUUUCGCGGUGUCAGUAGGAGCAACAGCAACAAUAGCAACGGCGAUGCCGGCCAAGCUAGCAAUAGUGACGGGCAGUAACAAGGGCAUCGGUUACGCGGUGGUCAAAGCGCUGUGCGAGAAGUUCGAUGGCGACGUGUACCUGACGGCCCGGGACACGGAAAGGGGCCGGAUGGCGGUGGAGAGCUUGAACCGACUGGGGCUGAAGCCCAAGUUCCAUCAGUUGGACAUCACGGACGAUGGGAGUCUGGCCGAAUUCAAGGGUUUCGUGAGGGACAACUACGCGGGCAUCGACGUGCUGGUCAACAACGCCGCCAUCGCGUUCAAGAUGGACGCGACGGAACCGUUUGCUGUGCAAGCGGACGAGACGAUGCGCGUCAACUACUUC